ACUUCCCUGCUCCGCAGGAAGCAGGAGGCGGUGCGAGGCCGGGCCCGCGCGCGGGGAUGCUCGGGCUCCGCACGGGUGCAGCACCCCGCUCCGGGGACGCUUCGCGGGAGCAUUGCCCCGUCCUGGGACAGCGCCUGCUGCAGCCAAGGGGAUGUUCGCUGGCUUUUAUCUGCUAACCUGAGUUCGUGCACGUGGGAAUCAUUCUCCGUAAGUGGCGUCUGGAGUUGAAGAAGGAUGUCACAAAAGCUGCAGAAAGAAGCCUUCAUCAGUAACUUAAAUGGAACUACUCUGCAAGAAAUUUCAGUAGGAUUAACUCUAGCGCCGUUGUGUGUGGCUUGCAGAGGACUGCUGUUGGUUUUAUAUCACCAGCACUAUGGAAGACCAUUAAGCUCAAGGAAAUAUCUACUCCUGCUAGACUUGACUGUGCUAGUAGCUCCUCUUGUGCUUUCCUGUACAGUUCUUUCCCCUGUCCUCCCUUUUGUGCCGGUUACCAUUGUUCUUAUCUGUGCAGGAUUGUUUUCUAAAAUAUACCACGGGAGAAAUCGAUACGUCGGCGCACCUUGUAGACAGAUCAUCAGCGAGUUUCUGAAGACGAGCCUAGACCCAGAAUACGUUCCCUCCAUAACCGUGUUCCGCGUGUACGUCAACCUGCUAACUGCCAUCAGUAUUUUGGCAGUGGAUUUCCCACAGUACCCCAGGCGGUACGCUAAAACUGAGACCUAUGGCACGGGAGUGAUGGAUUUUGGUGUGGGAGCUUUUAUUUUUGGGAACGCUCUGGUUUGUCCUGAAGUGAGGCAAAAAUCCGGUGCAGUGCAAGCCAAAUUCUCCUAUUUGGCAAGGCAGUCUUUAGCUGUGUGGCCAUUAGUUUUUCUGGGCCUGGGACGACUGGUCAGCGUUAAAGCUGUAGAUUAUCAUGAGCAUUUAUCAGAGUAUGGGGUGCACUGGAAUUUUUUUUUCACUCUAGCAUUUGUGAGGAUUGCAGCAUCGUUGCUUUUAUCGUUAGUGCCAGCACAGAAAUCAGGGAUUGUUGCUGUGAUUCUUGCGGUAUUUUACCAAUUUAUUCUUGAUGUUACGCCUCUGAAGAUGUUUGUUUUUUAUGGAAGCGAUGGCAGAGAUUCACGAGUUGGAUUUUUAAAUGCUAACAGAGAGGGGGUGUUUUCUCUCUUUGGAUACCUAGCCAUCUAUAUGGCCAGUGUGCAAGUGGGGUUAUAUGUAUUGAAGAAGAGAACCUUAGUCAAAGACUGGAUUGAAGUAAUAUGCUUGUUUUUGCUGACAGUUAUUCUUCUCUUUAUAUGUCUUCACUUGACUCAAACGUAUAUAGAUCUAGUAUCCCGUAGGCUGGCUAAUCUGGCUUUCUGCAUUUGGGUGGUUGCCCAUGGCCUGACAUUUUUCAUUUUAUUUUUAGUGACUGAUCUUAUUUUAGUGCUGACAAAACUUCUGGUAAAUGGGUCUGGAGUGCCUUGUUGUUGGAAUGUUUCACAACCACCUAGUACAAAUAAAAAGCAUGAUUCAGAGCCCACGUCUAUCAAAAGAGAAGAAAAACUGCUAAGUGUUUGUAUAAUUACUGCUAUUAAUAAAAACCAACUAGUCUUUUUCUUGUUAGCAAAUGUUAUGACUGGCAUAGUGAAUAUGGUGAUAGACACAAUCCACAGCAGUACUGUGGUUACAUUAUUUGUGUUACACUUGUACAUGUUUACUAACUGUUUAACUAUGCAUAUAUUGCAUGCGAAAAAUCUAAUACUGAAAUGGUGGUGAUCAUCAAAACGUCUUGUAUUCUAAUAUUGUUGAUCUUAAGCAUGCUGGUUUAAAAUGUAUAUGUGGAUUUUUUAAAAAUGUUUUGUUGAUUCUGCUUGAGUAAUUGUGGGUUUCUGUUUUUUUGGCUUUUUGUUUUUAAUGGAAAAAUUAAAAUGCCAUUGUCUUGCA